CCGCCAGAUUCAAACAGCAGCUGGAGAAAGCAGCAAAACCUGGAAGAGCAGAGGACAAGAGGAACAGAGAGAAAGACGUCUGUUGCAGAAUAGAAGAAAUCUUUUAGUUGUCAAGAAAUAUUUAUUAGAAAGUUCUUAUCUCUUCUCACAAGUGAAUUAGUUACAGAAUUUUUGAAGCCAAAAUGAAGAAAAGCAGCAUUAUUACCCUCUCCGUCUUAAUCUUCUUGACCUUCCCCACCAUCAGCGAAGGAAUGAGCCUGAGAAGCUUAGGAGUGGAGCUGCACUGCCGCUGCAUCCAGACUGAGAGCAGACCCAUAGGGCGCCACAUAGAGAAAGUGGAGCUGAUUCCUGCCAACUCUCACUGCGAGGAGACUGAGAUCAUUGCCACUCUAAAAAAGAACGGCCAAGAAGUUUGCCUGGACCCUGAGGCUCUGUGGGUGAAGAAAAUAAUUCAGAGGAUCAUGUCAAACAAGAAACGAUGAGGAGAAGUGAAUAAAGGCAACGACUUCAAAGAA